GAAAAAAAGAAAGAAAAAGGAAACAGGAACCGUGUGGAUUGGACGAGGAGGGCCGCGGCUCAAUACACCGCGAGGAGGAAACCCGCGCAGUCACUCGGGCGACGAGUGAGGCUCCAGUGAAGCAGGGAAAUGGAGAUGUGUGUAGCUCUCCUCCGCCGGCCUGCUCUCUGAAGGACUCGGGGAAAACGGCCUAAUCGUGACACACGGACUUUAAAGUGGAUCUCAUUUUUAUUUAUUUUUUAAUGAGUGAAAAAGACGUAUAGUUAACACCCCCUCCUCCUCCUCCUCCUCCUCCUCCUCCUCCUCCUCCUCCCCCUUCCCUCCCCCCCUGACUCCCUCCACGGGAUUUUUCUUUUUUUCGGGGGACGUUUUUUUUGUGCUUUUUUUUCGAGGCAGGAACAAAAAAAAGAAAGAAAGAAAGAAGCAGCAAAAAACAUCGGGAGGAUUAACAGGUGACAGCUCGGACAAAUCCAAAAUGAGUGAGCUGGAGCAGCUUCGCCAGGAGGCCGAGCAGCUUAGGAACCAGAUAAGAGAUGCAAGGAAAGCAUGUGGAGAUUCCACCCUGACGCAGAUAACUGCUGGUCUGGAUCCAGUGGGGCGGAUCCAGAUGCGGACGAGACGCACCCUCCGAGGCCACCUCGCCAAGAUCUACGCCAUGCACUGGGGCACUGACUCAAAGCUUCUGGUUAGUGCCUCUCAAGAUGGAAAGCUGAUCAUCUGGGACAGCUACACUACUAACAAGAUGCACGCCAUCCCCCUGCGCUCCUCCUGGGUGAUGACCUGCGCGUACGCCCCCUCCGGCAACUACGUGGCCUGCGGAGGCCUGGACAACAUCUGCUCCAUCUACUGCUUGAAGACUCGCGAGGGCAACGUCAGGGUCAGCAGGGAGCUGCCCGGCCACACAGGUUACCUGUCAUGCUGCCGUUUCAUUGAUGACAAUCAAAUCAUCACCAGUUCAGGAGACACCACAUGUGCACUGUGGGACAUUGAGACGAGUCAGCAGACCACGGUUUUCUCGGGGCACAGCGGCGACGUCAUGAGUCUGUCCCUGUCGCCCGACCUGCGCACCUUCGUGUCAGGCGCCUGCGACGCCUCGGUCAAACUGUGGGACAUCAGGGACAGCAUGUGCCGGCAGACCUUCACGGGCCACGAGUCGGACAUCAACGCCAUCUGUUUCUUUCCCAACGGCAGCGCCUUCGCCACAGGCUCAGACGACGCCACCUGCAGGCUGUUCGACCUGCGCGCAGACCAGGAGCUCAGCCUCUAUUGCCACGACAACAUCAUCUGCGGCAUCACCUCCGUGGCUUUCUCGCGCUCCGGCCGCUUGCUGCUGGCCGGUUACGAUGACUUCAACUGCAACAUCUGGGACGCCAUGAAGGGAGACAGAGCAGGGGUCCUGGCCGGCCAUGACAAUCGUGUGAGCUGUCUGGGUGUGACGGAUGACGGCAUGGCGGUGAGCACCGGGUCCUGGGACAGCUUCCUUAAGAUCUGGAACUGAGCCGCGCACACAAAAAACAGCAAACACACACAGACAGACAGACAUCGCUCCCGCCUUGGGACUCUGUUUGCACCCUGUAUUCACUGUAUGUAAGAUUCAACAAACUGCAACAUCGUACUGUACAUAAUAUAUAUGACCUAGGUAUGAGUUUACACGCACGCACGCACACACGCACACAAGCUGUUUGCAGGACAAGACGACACAAAACCCGAACAUGUGCCCUCACUACCUACAGAUGAUUUAAGUACAGUACCGAACACACGCACACACAUAAUUUGUCAAAUGUGACACAAAAAAAAUAUGCCACUAUUACCUGAAGCCUUUUAACACGUCUAACACGCUCAUUCACUUAACACACACACACACACACACACACCUUUUCCUGAGGGACACUGCUCCUCGAGUUAAACAGGGGAGAAGACGUUAUUUGACAUUUCUGUCUUUGUUUACAAUGAAGUCCAAAACGUACUUCAGACAAAAAAAUGUCUGUACUAUUUUUGUCUCAGUACCACAUGUAUCUCGGCGAUGUUAAUGUGAAUGAUGAAUGGUUGUGGAAAGAGAAUCAUGUGAGUACAUUAACUGAAAACAGCAGCAACAAAAAACGAAACACUGACAGACAGGAUGAGCCGAUGAUCGACGGAGUCCAAGGAAAUAUCAACUCUUAUUUUCAUCUGUCCAAAACACCACGUAAUCACUGUUUUUAUAGAUAUGUACCCCCACAUACAGUUAAUCUAUUAAGUUUCGGUUUUCUUCUUUUUUUUUACAAUAUUCUAUUCAUGUUCUCCCUGUGUGCCUCAGAUACACUUUAAGGAUUAUUAACGAAGAAUAUUGAUGAAGUUAAAUUAACAAAAACAUUAAAGAUCUGAGAUUCAAAGUUGAGUGAAAAAAUAAAAACAUAAGCAUCUUAAUAAAGCAGGAGCCAGUAUUCGUACUUUGACUUUAUCAUUGUAUUAUCUGGACAUGACAAUGGUAUAAUUGUACAUAAUAUUAAUAAAUAAUAGCCUCUCCUGCCA